ACUUUGUGGCUGUAGUAACCAGUGACGACCCUUGUCAGGCAGGAAAAGACAAACAGGGAGGAAGGAGGCGUAGUAAACAAGGCAGAUAACUACAACUUACUUAAAAUAAUAGUGCCAAUACUUGCGCACAAAACAGAUUGUUUAGCGAAUAUUCAUGAUAGGCACGUUAUUCGACCGUUAGUAAUACGUUCUGUACCCUGUGUUGRCACGGCAAGCUAGAUAGCUAGCUAGACAACUUGCAGCUAACGUUACAGCUAGCUAGCAGGCUAGCAAGCUCCAGUUCCAGUAGCAGUGCCAUCACAACGCGCCCAGGAUGAUCGCAUUGAUCAACAAGCUCCUUGACUGGUUCAAAACACUGUUUUGGAAGGAGGAAAUGGAGUUAACAUUGGUGGGACUCCAGUAUUCGGGCAAGACAACCUUCGUUAACGUGAUCGCGUCGGGCCAGUUCAGCGAAGACAUGAUUCCCACAGUGGGCUUCAACAUGAGGAAGAUCACCAAGGGAAAUGUCACCAUCAAGCUGUGGGAUAUUGGCGGUCAGCCUCGAUUCAGGAGCAUGUGGGAGCGAUACUGCAGAGGAGUCAGUGCCAUUGUGUACAUGGUUGACGCAGCUGACCCAGAAAAGACAGAGGCGUCUAAGAAUGAACUACACAACUUGUUGGACAAGCCCCAGCUCCAGGGUAUUCCUGUUCUUGUCUUGGGGAAUAAGAGGGAUCUUCCUGGGGCGCUUGAUGAGAAGGAGCUGAUUGAGAGAAUGAACCUCUCGGCCAUCCAAGACAGAGAGAUCUGCUGUUACUCCAUCUCCUGCAAGGAAAAGGACAACAUCGAUAUCACGCUACAGUGGCUGAUCCAGCACUCUAGAACCAAGCGGAGCACUUCAUGAGAACCUCAUCUCAAGACCUAGGCCUUCACCUGUUCCAAUUCCCCUGACCUCUGUCCUCCCCAGCUUGUCCAUACUCCCCUUUUUUUUGGAUGGCCCUCUCUUGCCAAGACCCCCCCCCCCCCCCCCCCCCCCCCCCCCACCCCCCCCCCCCCCCCCAGCCUGAUUCCACUCACCUGAAGGGAGCCUGGAAACCUUUAUUUGCAGUGUUCAUUUUCUUUUUGUAAUAUAACACUUCUUGUGACCUAUGACCUCUGAUGGAUAAAGUGGUACUUAGCUGCCCUGAUGUUCAUAAUAUGUCAUACUUCAUCAUCUCUUUUGAUGUUGAGGGUUAUAUUCAACUGAUCCAGAGACAGGGCAAAGUACAGUACAUAACCUCUGUUCCCAAUAGGUAGAGAAGACUGGAGUCUGAACACUGCAUCACUUAGCAGCUUCAAAGUCAACUUUACCACACUGAUAUCACAUUUCAAACUGUAUUUAUGUCUUAGACCACUGGUUCCCAACCUUUUUCGGUUACUGUACCAUCYACUGAAUUUUGCUCUGCCCAGAGUACCCCAGAAGUACCCCAUGUAUAUUUUACCAGAAAGCCUAUGUUCUCAUGGAUCUUCUCAAGUACCCCCUGUGGGUAGGCCAAGUACCCCCUGUGGGUAGGCCAAGUACCCCCUGUGGGUAGGCCAAGUACCCCCUGUGGGUAGUGUCCCUGGUUGGGAACCACUGUCUUUGACCAUAGUCCUAUUACUUCCCAACGACAGUGCCCAACUUAAGUGGUACUGUGUGUAAUGGUACUGUAUGUACCUUUUGAAGGGGGAGUGUUACAACAUUUGAUUGAAAUACUUGGAGUUUGCACAAGUCUCUCCAUUUCUCUCUUCUCUAAAGGCUAAUGGGAGGUGUUGUUAAAGAUGUCCUUGAUGUAAUCUCUAUUGUGAUUCUAUAUACAUUUGCAUUAUGUCAUCUUCUCUGUCUGUUGCUCGUCCUGACACACUUUUGGUAGUUUAGAAACAGCAGGAAGAUUUUCUUUAAACUAAGCAACAUGGACAAUUUUAAUUUCCAUUAGCCAUGUCAAUGGGCAAUCAAUAUCUGCAACACAUGGUUUACAAACAAAAUAUAAAUGUUUAGAUUUAUGCAUCUUUUCACAUUUCCUGUCAUUGAUUUAUAUCAUUAUGCAAUAGUUCCUUUCCACCCAGUAAUGUACAGAUACUAUUUGGCCAGUUUUCAUGUCAUUACAUGAUCAUGAAUAACCCAUUUAGAAAUUGAAAAUCUGUGAUAAAGAAGUCCCCCAGAUAAAUUGAGAUUAUACAGGUGUCAGACAAUAUAAUCUUGGUGUUGAAAAUGUCAUAUUAACUAAUGAUGAAGGCUUCUAAUUUUAUAUAAACUUCCAUGUCUAUGAUAUUAUAUUACCUCCCACAUGGCCAACGUAACCAUUGACAACCGCCACAUCUUUGCUUUUUUGUUUGCAUGCAGGGGCAUAAGUAUUUGUGGGACCUUUGAGAAUUAACCAUAAAUUGUUAUUUUUUUAUGGCAAAUAUAGUAAAUACUAUAUCUGUUUUAACCUGUUUGUACAUUAUUGUUUCAAUUAAGUUGAUGAUUGUGUUUUUAAUAGGAUGUGCUUAUGUAUGAUAACGAAAAACAUUGAAAACCACUUUGUACAUGGUCUGCAGAAUUCAUAUGAUUGUUGCCACACAGUACUCACAGUGGCUUUAGAUUGUUGAUGAUGGUUGGUGCUUUUCAUGUGGUGUCAUGUGUAUGUUUGUCUGGCUGUUUUUAUGUAUAUGAAAGAAUCAAUGUGGGAGAAAACGUAGUGUUUUGGUUGUUCUCUAAUUAAAGGAUCCAUGCCACGGCACUCGUCACAACCUGA